AUGGAUGAUUGUGACACAAUGAUUGUAUUCACCCUUGGAGAUAUCUCUGGAAAAAUGUUUGGACGGGUAUCUAUCGAAUAUCCUGUGGCAAGGAUAUCUAUUGACCAUGGGAGGAUCGAUCUAAAAAUAACUAAGAUAAGUCAACUAAUAACCUGCUGCACGUCCAUCCAGGUGACCAAUCCCUACAAUGAAUACGAUACUAUCGAUAGGUCCAUCCAGGGAAUCAAUCCCGACAAUGAACAUGAUACCGUCGAUAGGUCGGCAAGCUCCUCAGCUGGGAUUUCAAUAGCAGGGUUCCCUUGUGAUCAGAGGAAGCGACACGGGGUGAAGUGUAAGGCGAUAUUCCCAUCACAAAGCUUAUUAGAUCGCCACUUGGAAAUGUUUCACACCUUCGAUGUCUGUAAUGUCGGGGACUGUCGCGUAAAAAUCAUCAAGGGUAACCCAAUCAAGAUGCAGCGACAUCGAACAACCUGCAAAGUUCGUAUGGUAGCCAACAACCAGUUAUUUCAACCAGAGGUAUCAUUGACAAGAUUGCAAACCUUUGACUCCAAGGACUUACGUUCAGUGUGCCCCAAAGAUAUUUUCGAUAAUACUGAGUCGGACAACAAGACAAUAGUCUACGAUCCCUUGGCAAAUAUAAGUUUUGAUGAAGUAAACAACAUUCCCAGUACAAAAAAGUCAGAGUCCAUUCCUAAAGAAACACACAUUACUAAACAAUGUGGUAAGUCCGAAGAACCACCAAAAUCAGCUAACAAGGAAGUUAGCCUUAAUACAUUUAUAGACACUUUCGAAAGUAUUGUUGGACAAGAUAAACCUAUAGCUUUCUCCGUCUCUGCCAGAGACUCUCUUAAAACUGAUUUGAAAGAACGACAAACAAACACCAACAAAGUUUCGAAGAAGUCUACGCAUCAUGAUACAUUCAAAUCAAAACAUAAGACAGUAAAAUCAAAAGCAGCUCCUAAGACCACGGCAGUUGCUAAGAAGUCCGCUCCAUCGUUGUCUCAAGAUGUUGCGUCAGUUACUUCCAAGCGAUCUCAGAAAACAGCUACCAAGAGACCAGUACCAGCUCCUGCUCAUCAACCCGUAAAAUAUAUCAAAAUGGACAUUGGGCUGGACCUGACUACAAAAUCUACAAAUAAAGAACCAUCACCAACACAGAAACAAACUGAUACUUUUACCAAGCAGUGCCAUUGCAGGGACAUAUUACAGGAAAUUGUCAUACCCUGCCCUCACCAGGACAAUGUGUAUAAAUUAACUGUGUUGAAGUUAUAAAUGAUUGUUCAUGAUGCAUAAGUAAAAAUUAAAAUGUUUUGAAUUAGGCAGUCUCACUCGCUUUGAAAGUAAUGUAUUCAUAUUUUUAUUUUCACAUGUCCAUGGAAGGACAUUUUUUCAAGAAGAGGGGGGGGUAGUGUGACAACCACU